CUAUCAACACAUCUAAUUUAUAAAAUAUCUAUAAAUUUUCCAAGAUAGUAAAACAAUAGUAGCAAAGUUGUAAUAAUCCAUAUGGUUUUAAAGCUACAAAUAUGUGGCAGAACAAUGUAUCCUUGCAUUUUUAGAGUUCAGUUCCAACUCAGACAUGGCCAUGAUUAGGAUGAGUCAUUGUGGAGGACACGAAAACCUUCAAGUUGCACUUAUCACAUUAAUUUGAACAGAAAUGCUGUUGUUGUGUGUCUGAUGAUAAGUAAUUGUAACUUGUAGUUUUGAAAACUAUCUUAUCUUAUAGUCAAAAAGACUAAAUGCAGUGUAAAUAUAGACUAUUAAAUGUAUGCAAAAAUUUUCAAAUAUUUUUGAACACAAUAUUAUGAAAAAGUAGGGAAUUGUGUUGUUUAUUUGGUCAAGCAACACAUUUUGUACAGAUUAUGUUAUUUUGUCAUAUGUCAGACUACAGUCUGAAGAAACAAGUUUUGUUAUUGUUUUGUUCAUUCAACCAAAAAGAAAUUUCUAAGGCUAAAAUAGUUUAAAAUUAUGAUCAGUUCAAAAUAUUUGACACUUUUCUUUUAUGCCAUAUAUUUACACAACGUAGUGGACUAAAUCACCUAAAAACAUCAUGCAGAUGUUCAUUUAGAGUUGUAUAAAAUAAAAUAAAAAUUAUCUUGAUAUCUAUGCUAACUUGAGGACGUUUUUGAACUUUUUUAUGAUUUAUGCUUCAUGCUGUUUUUUUUUGUUUUUCACCUAAAAUACAUGGCCCUCAUGUUACUUACUGUUUCUGUUUCACUUCCUUUCUUUGGUCUGGACUGUUGAUUUGGAAUGAAACUGUUUGUUAACCAUGCCAAAGCUUGUUUGCUAGUGAACAGAUGUCCUUGUUUUAGCUGAAAGGGUCAGAGCCCUGUUAUCUGUUCACAGAAUCUCAUCCUAAUGUAUUCCCAUUAAAAAUACUCUCAACAAUGACAAACUCUGUUUUUACAGCCUUGCAAUGGGCUUUCCCACACCAUGAUACUGCCUCGACACAUAGUGUUUUUGUGUCAAAAUGGUGUUUUUCCUUUACUUUGACCUGAGACUUCUUUCUGAAUGUAAUGUGUUAUCACUUUGUCAGGUUCUAGUGAGUAUGUAAGUAACCAGGAUCAAAUGAGCCUAAUAAAGCAGGGUCAUCACAGCAGGUCAUCCUAUCAGCCCUAUUAAAUGUUUUUAGAAUGCAUCUUGCUUUGUUGUUAAUCUGUAGAAGACUGUCCUUGGUUUUCUAACAGCUGACAGGAUGAGGAAACAGCCUUCAUGGGGGCUGCUAUCUUUGGACGUCCACUUCGCACCAUCUUUCUGGAAUUUCCCGUGUUGUUUUUGUCAUCAAUAGUCAUCAAUACUGACAGAGGAGAUUGGGCAACCCUUUUGAGAGGUUGUGUUAUUCGUCUGUUAUUUUUGAGGUUCUAGCUCCACGAAUGUGUCUGUUCACAGAGUCUCAUCCUAAUAUAUUUCCAUUAAAAUGCUUUCUAUAAACAACACAUAUUGUUUUUACAGCCUUACAGGAGCCUUUCCCAAACCAUGAUUCUGCCUCCACCCAAAAGCAGUGUUCUUGUAUCCAUGUGGGAAAUGGGGUGUUCAAUCUGCUGUUCUCACACAUUGUCUCAUGUUUUAUUCAGUUUCAUACAUUUUUUACUUUACUGCAUACAGGAGGACUGUAAAAUGACUUUGUGUUGGUGUAAGAUGCUCCCCUUUAGACACCACAAAAUGACCAAUUUACUACUACUUCUACUUUAUGAGGUUUACUGGACAGGGGCCAAAUAUGGCUACCACCUUACAGGUCCAAUACAGUGUCCACUUCUCCCUAGCCCACCAGCCUUUAGACGGAUUUAUGAUGACAUUUCAUUUUAGCAUAUUAUUCUAAUUGGAAAACUACAUUUUAAAGAAAUAUGACUUUUUUAAAAGCAAUUCUUAACACCAUAAUUCCAUAAUUAGCAGAAAGUUCUAAUACUAGUUUUACUUUGACGUCGCUGUCAGAUUUCAUCCCUGCUCAAAAAAGAAAGUUUGCUUUGCUUUUUCAGGCUUUACUAAAAAUGUGAUUUUAUGAAUAAAGUAAUCUGGGAAGUGUUCAACUUUUCUGGUAAUUAUGCCUGCUCAUUAUGUUAUGUUGAGCUCAAAAUAAAAUGGUAAUUUCUUGUUAGAUUUAAGGUGGAGCUAAUGUCUCCUGAGAUUUUAGAUGUUAUAAUAUUGCAUACGUGGAAGCAGUGUUAUGGGGCACAACAGUGAAGUCAUUAAGAAGCUUACAGACGUUCUGGGAGAUUAGGUUUUUCCCCCUCUAAUCCUAUAGAUUACCACUGCACAAGCUUGCUGGGUGUGAGUGUUUCAUUGCGCUGGAAAAGAUUCUUUACACUGAUCACUUUUUGUUGCUGCUCUAUCAUUGAAUGUAGACCAGGAUGGAUUCAAGCAGUUAGGGGAGGAAGUCACUGUGCGAUAAAGCUACAUAAUCCUGAGUUGCAGGCAAGAAAAAGCUUGGAAAAACAUCAGAGAUGACGCCAGGAUUCUGACAUGCAUUCUGACUGGAUUUACUGAAAUGGUCUCUGUAGCAAAAUGGAGACAGAGGCACAUUGCGAAGAGCAGAUAGUCCCUGUAACUGGACUUAUGGAGGUUGAGGUAAGAGCAGCUAUUUCUGAGACGGAUGAUGCAGACUGUCCGGAUAAACUGCCAUUUGGAUCUGUAGAAGCAAGUGAUAACCCCUGUGAAAAAGUGGAGAACUGUGAAGAGGGCAGUGAAGGAUUUGAGACAAAAGAGUCCCCUGAUGCAAAGCAGGAGACUGAAGAGACUAAAUGCAAGGGAGAGAAGAAAUUGAGGAAAACAAACAGUUGGAAGAUGGUACGAUUUCAGGAUCCAUCCACAGACGAGGAUGUGUUGGAGAGGGACAGCUCUGCCGAAAUUCUGUUUCCAGAAUAUGCUGUAGAGGAGUGGACUUCUACAUCCUUUGAGCAGCUGUUUGUGGCAGACGAUUGGGAAAACAUAACAGGUGAAACUACAGCCCAUCUCACUCGUUAUAAACUAGAGGACCAUUUGUUAAGAAAGAAGGUGCUGAAAUCUGGGGAUGUGCAGAUUCCGCACCCCACAUGGGGACAGGAAGUGACUGUGAUGAUGCAGGGUGUUCUUGAAGACCGCACUGUGGUGGAGAAGGACUGCAAGCUUGUCUUUGUGAUUGGGGAGGGAGAUGUAAACCAGGCCUUGGAGGAGUGUGUCUUGUCCAUGCAGAUGGGUGAAAUCACAUUACUGCUGGCAGAUUCUCAGUAUGCCUAUGGACUUCUAGGAAGAGAGCCUGAUAUUCCAGCAUGGGCUCCUACCCUCUACCAACUGCAGCUGCUGGACAUCAGAGACAAACCAGACCCGCUGACUCUGCCCAUAGCCGACCGCAUCCGCAUCGGCAACCAGAAACGAGAGCGAGGAAACUUUCAUUUCCAGAGGGAGGAAUACAGUUUGGCGGCCAUGGCUUACUGUGUGGCUCUGGAGGUGCUGACUACUCGCAGCACAGAUGGCGGACAUGUCGGCACGAAGGCUGAGGACCAAGAGGUGCAGGAAUAUAGGGUGAAGUGUUUGAAUAAUCUGGCCACCACUCAGAUGAAGCUGGAGCAGUUCAAUGAGGCGCUGCACACCAGCCGAGACGUCCUGACCCUUGAGCCGAACAACGUCAAGGCCCUCUUUCGGGCAGGAAAGCUGCUGUCAGACAAGGGUGAAUACAAAGAGGCCAUGGAGGUGCUAAAAAAAGCCUUGAAACUGGAGCCUGCCACCAAGGCUAUCCACGCAGAGUUAUCCAAACUCGUCAAAAGGCAAUCAGAGGGCAAAGACACCCAGCAAUGGAAAGCCAAACCCGCUGAGAUACUGGGAGACAAUAUCACCCCUUUCCUGAUUCCCUCCAAGAAGAAACCUUCUGGAAUUUCAUGGAAGUUCAUACUGGGAGCUCUAGUGGUGGCCUUGAGCAGCUUGGUGACAUCCGUGAUUCUGACUGCAAGAAACUGAAAUCCACCACCUCCAAUUCUGUUUCAAAGGAUCUCCAUUAGAUAAUCAACAUAGCAGCACUAAAGCCUGAGGUUUUAUUUUCUUUUUUAUUGGGAGUUUCAGUGAGAGGUAAAAAGCCAAGUGUUGUUCACUAAAACAUUGUCUUCAAGCAUCAGACCGUUGUAAAAACCUUCAUCAGUACCCGAGUGCAGCUCAUAAAAAAUGUACGAAAACCAAAGAAAGGAUGAAUGUAUUUUUCUGAAAAUAUAAACAUUUUUUAAAGAAA